GAGAAUAUUGCGCUGUCUUACAACGGUGGAAAGGACUGCAUCAUCCUUCUACACCUUAUCGCCGCUUGUCUGUACCGUCGACAUCAAGCUGCGCUCCCAGGAGACGGCUAUCUCUACCCUCCCAUCCCCGGAAUCUAUAUCGCUCCCGAUUCGCCCUUUCCCGAGCUCGAGCAAUUUGUGUGGGAUUCGGCGGCAUAUUACAACCUAGAUCUCGUACAAAAGGGAGGAAGCAUGAAAGAGGCGCUCGCAGACUUUUUGGCGAGCGAGGUCGGAAGCAAGACCAAGGCAAUCCUCGUCGGGACGAGACGAACGGACCCUCACGGAGCUAAUCUUUCCGCUCGCGAUCCUACGGAUAACGACUGGCCGAGUUUCAUGCGGGUCCACCCGAUUGUGGACUGGGACUACCAUACAGUCUGGAUCUUUUUGCGCGAGCUUAGCGUGCCUUACUGUGGACUCUAUGACGAAGGAUAUACCUCCCUUGGCUCGACGUACAACACGCAUCCAAACCCAUAUCUCGCGGACCCGGAGAUGGAAAAGGGUUUCGCUCCAGCCUGGAUGCUGGAAGAUGGGUCCCAGGAAAGGGCCGGGCGAGAAGUAACGAAUCACACACAGCAAACCGAAACCGAGCCCGAGAUAGGGGGUGAGGCGGCCGUCGCCGACACUUCGGGUGAGAACGCGCAGGUUGCCGAUUCGACUGCGGGCGGAGGAGAGUAG